ACUGGUGUGGUCGAAAAAGAAAGUAUACAGUACAGUCAGACCACAGCAAGAGAACAGAAGGAAACACAUCCAGUUUGUGACUCGUUUUUUUGCAACAUGGAUGUGCUGACAUCAAGAAGAAUUGUCCUACUGGGAAAAACUGGAGUUGGGAAAAGCAGUCUGGCUAACACCAUAUUGGGAGAGGAUGCAUUCAAAAUAAGCCAUUCUGCCGUCUCUGAAACAAGUCAUUCUCAUGCAGAAACCAAAUCUGUCAAUGGGAAAAGCAUCAAGUUGAUCGACAGUCACAGUUUUUUUGACACGUGUGGAUCCGAGACGAUGCUCAAGGAUGGGAUAGUGAGGUGUAUCACAGAGUGCAUUCCUGGGCCUCAUGCUUUUCUCAUUGUGCUUAAAGUGGAGAAAUUCACAGAGCACGAGAAGGACGUCAUCAAAAAAAUAUGCCAAUAUUUGUCUGAGGAAGCUUUAAAAUAUGCCGCCGUUGUCUUCACUCAUGGUGACCAGCUCCUGGAAGAGUUGAAGAUUGAGGAGUUUGUCAGUCAGAAUAUAGAUCUGAGUAAUCUGGUGAAGAAGUGUGGAGGCCGGUGCCACGUUUUUGAUAAUAAGUACUGGAAGAGCUGCGGAGAGGAUGAAUACAGAAGUAACCAGUUCCAGGUGGCAGAGCUGCUCAACACCAUAGAGAAGAUGGUUGAGGCAAACAAAGGAUGCUACACCAAUGAGAUGCUACAAGCAGUGAAAAGAGAAAUACAGACAGAGGAAGAGCGCAUUAGACAGUCAUCGUCAUCAGGCAACAUGUCACCGGCAGAAAUUAGAGAUAAAGCUACAAUUAGUGUUUGUGACAGCUUAUUGAUCAGAUUGGCAGGUACUGCAACAGGGGCAGUGUUAGGAGCUUUUCUUGGUGUGGCAGGGAUGGUUACUGCAACUUUAAGAAAUUUUCAGGAUCUUUCAGCAAUGGUAUCAACAAAGCAACUAGCAACUGACGCUCUGUGGGGGGGAGUGAAGGGCGGUCAGAUAGGAUAUGAUGCAGCUGAAGGAGCAGAAACUGCAAAGGAAGCCAUAGUCAAGACAGUAAAGGCUGUCUGGAAGUAAUCUGGGGUUGCGAAUGAUCAAAACAAAAAAUAGAGCAUUGCCAAUAAAAAGAGUGGAGCAGGGGGUUGCUGUUUAUUAUAUAUUUAACUAUAGGGAUCAAUGGGCUACUUGGGUUAUGGAUGUGUGAGACAUUGAAAUUAUUAGUUAGAAACCACGCUUUUGAGAUCAAGCUGUAGUUACUUUAUAAUCCCUUGCAAAUAUGUCAGUGUGAUUAGUGUUUUACCAAUACAGGGUACAAUAAAUAUACAUCUGGGAAAUUAUUAAUGAUGACACAGUAUAACAUUUUGAAUAACUCUCAAGACUUUGAAAUGUUGAAUGAUGUAUUUUUAGUUGGUUUUAUUUUAACUCCUUAUUGCAGUGUUUUUGCAUUUAGUUUUGAGUGAUUCAAUAAGUAAAAAGCUGGUUUAAUAGGACUUUUUUCAGUCUCUCUUUUGUUGUGCCAACUAAUAAUACAUUUACUGGCCAUAAAUGAUAUGACUAAUUUUAACAUUGUAAUAAUUUCUUAGGCUAAUCUAACAUCCAUCUGGGAAAGAUGAAGGACAUGUGCUAUUAUACUGAUGACUUCAGUAUUUUUCAAAGAUUUUACUCUUUAUUUUACAUUUCCAUGCCUUUUGAAUGCUGAAAGAUGCUUUUCGAUUUUCAUUGUUUUUAUUUUUGUUUUAAAAGUAUCAAGCAAUAGCUUGUAACAAGUUAGACAAUUAAACAACUGUGCUUACA